UAUAACCAUCUCGUUGAAGUUUACAGUUUGCGUGACGAUUUUUUCCAUCGAAAGCAUCGAAAGUGCUACCAGACGUUCUUCCACCAUAGAACUACGUAAAAAUGUUUUGAUGCGCUUUAAAGUGGAGAAAGAACGUUCGGCUUCAGCUGUCGACAUCGGAAUAGUUAUGAGUAUUUCCAAGAGCUUUUUAGUUUCUGGAAAUGAAUCGGUCAAAUUAUUUUCUAUGAGUAAUUUUAAAAAAGGUAUUGCUCCUUGUAUCUCCCUGCAGUCUGGUCUGGAGUAAAUCACUGAAAGCUCUGUUUUUAAACGCUCCUUAUCAAAAUUGGGAUAUGAAUCGCAAGUUACUUUUAAUUUUUCAUCAGGAAAAUAAUUAAUAUAGUUAGCGAACUGGUCAGAAUACAGCAAUGAAGCAGCUUUUAAACGAUUUUUAAAAUGAAAUCUAUCCUUAGCGCAAUUAAUAAUUAUGUCACAAACUUCUAGCGCAGCAAUACGGUGAUCGAAUUGACUGUCAUAUUUUCUUUUUCUUUUAGGAGGUCCUACUUCACAUUCAAGCAAGGAUGCAAUAUCUUUGGCUUCAUUAAUAAUUUCGUCAAUUGAAUUUCUUACUGUCGUAAUGCUCUGCUCAAAAACUUGUAUUUUGUGGUUGAUUUCUACAGGAUCAAUUUUUCGUUUUUGUAAUUCGUUGUCCAAGAUAUCGGUGUGUGGCAUAAUACGGUGAAAAAAUGUUAGCCAGAAAAUAAACUUUCAAUCCUGUAACAUUCUUCUUAUUGAGGAAGCUGCGGUACAUGCAGUGUACAAAAUGAGCAACUUUGUACUGAUCUUUAAUUCGCGCCUGAACACCAGUAUUUCUGCCACUCAUUACUGCUGCUCCAUCGUAGCUUUGAGCUAUCAACUUAUCCUUAGAAUUUUCUAAAAUCGGGUCUAAGACACUGCGAAUAUCAGCAGUCAAACUUUCUGUAUUUAAAUUUUGUGGCUCCAAAUAAGUCCAGAACCGUUCAACCGGAUCCCCAUUUUGGAUAUAUCUAAAAAUUACAACCAUUUGAGAUUUGGCUGACACAUCUGUUGUUUCAUCUGCUAUAACGGAAAUAUAUGGAGCUGUGCGAAUCUCGUAUAAAAUUUUUUCGUGGCAAACUUCCAAUAUACAAUCCAAAAUGUCAUUUUGAAUAUCUUUUGAUAUACCUUUAAAUACACUCGAGUCUUUUAAAUGUUCCGCCACUGUUUUAUCAAGUUCAGCUGUAAAAUUUAUCAGACCACGAAAAAUACCUGGGUUUUCCGAUGUCAAAGUUUCAUCGUGGCCUCUAAGCGCAAGCUCGAAUAAUCCACAAAAUUUUAUGCAGUCAAUAAUUUUAGAUAACACAUACCUGUUUUUUGUUACGUUCUCGUUAUAUACUCGAAUAUUUGUCCAAUAGGCACUGUCCAACUUUUUACGAAUAUUAACACUACCCAACAAACCUAGAUUCAUUACAUUGUUUAAAUGAUUUCUCGAUGUUUCGUGGCGUUUAAUUUUUUCACUCUGCACCAGGUCAGUUACACCAACUUUAGUCCAAGAUUUGUCUCCACCAAAUAAAAGACACGGAAAACAAAAAAGAGCAUUUUUUUUAUUACAUCCGCAUAUCCAGUUAUUUCUAGCAUAAAUAUCUGGAGUAAAAAUUCUUUUGUAUAAUUUUCCACGGCUUGGACCAUACUUUUCUAUUAAAAUAUCGGGCAACGGCUGCUCUUCCUCUUUUAGUUUUAUUUUUUCUUCGUACGUAAAUUGGGAGAAUUUUAUAUAUUGUGUAUGUAUAAUUUGAUAAUUAUAUUAAUCAAAUUGUACACCACAUUCAUUUUUAGAGUAUAGAGAUCAGCUGACACAGCACAACACACAACGCAAAAAAAACAACCAACAACUAAAUGCAAAACCGUCAACAGUCAGCAGAAUUACUGCAAAUGUUUGCAGUAGGGAUGUUCGAUACAAUACGAUAUUUUUCUGUAUCGAUAUAUUUGUGUUCGAUACUCGAUAUUUUGUAUCGAUAUUUGUAAAGCGGUAUCUGACCCGUAUCGAUACAAUUACCGCAGUAUCGUAUCAAAUAAAAAAACUCAGACAGCUAGUGACAUCUAUCAAUUUUCAGUAAAAUUAGUAAAAAUCAAUGUAAUAUUUACCCUUUGCAGAGUUCUGUCGGUUUAUUGUUUUUUGCAUUGACAUUGGACAUUUACACGGCGAUCCAGGCCAAAUACUGAUUGGUGGAUUGGUGAUUCCCCCAAUGCCCCAAUUUCGUAUUUCGAAGAGAGCCCAAAUUAUUUGGUGUUUAUUAAUUUAUUUUCUUUCUGGUAUAUUUAUCUUAAAAUGCCACCAGUAAGAAGUAAUUUGUGGAAGUAUUUUGUGAAAAAUGAUUCAAGUGGAAAGUGUAAAAUUUGCCAAGUUGAGGUAAAGACUUCAGGCAAUACAACAAACCUCAAAAAACAUCUCCAAAGAAGACAUCCAAAAAUCAAAUUAACUAAUGAUGAAAAAGAAGAACCCUGGAAUAUCAAAGUAGGCACAUUAAUUUAAUAUUAUUUAAAAUUUCUAAAAGCCACACUGGAUUGAAUAAAAUUUGAAUUAUUUAUUUAUUAAUAAAACAAUCUACAUUAUGCUUAUUAAGAGUUGAUGUUUAUAAAUUAUAAAUCCCUACUUCUGUCAUAUGAAAUAAAUGCUUAUUUAUGGUGUAAUAUUAUUGCACUUUUUAACGAAACACCGAUAGACACUGACAUUUUUUGUUGCUACAAUCUUGUUCGGGGCAUUUGUAUAUGCUAUAAUAUGUAAUACUAAUACAUUUAUUGCUAGGGCGGUGUCAAGAAAUGUAUUAUUUUAGCCAUCAAAAUAUAGUUUUAUUUAUUUAUUGUUUAUUUUUCCACCUAGCUCUCAGCAAUCACCUAUUAAAUUUAUUAUUUUCAAAUGAUUUUAGUGUAGCAAUGACCAGGAAAAAGAACCACAACUAUCCACAAGUAUGGAUAACCCAAAUUCAGCAAUAGCUUUUUCAGGUAAAGAUAAUUUUGAAAUAUUAGGGGAUAUUGGAACGUCUUCUACAUUAUCUAUGGAAGAAAAUAGUAGCUGUAGUAGCAUUAGCAGUGCUGUCUUUCCAGUCCACCGACAAUCUUCAGUAAAGGAGACUUUUUCAACAAUAAAGUCAUUUUCUGAUGGUGGUGUAAGGGCCGGAAAAAUUACUAAUGCAAUUACUUAUAUGAUCGCAAAAGACAACCUGCCCUUGAACACAGUGGAAAAAGAUGGAUUUAAAUAUCUGAUGAAGGUAGUUGUUCCUUUAUAUCGUCCACCCAGUAGGCACAAAAUGUCCACUUUAAUUGAGGAGAAAUAUAACUUUUUAUCGGAAAUUAUUAGGUGCAGAAUUCAGUCAUUAGACUCUAUAACGCUAACAACAGAUGUAUGGACAGAGACCCAAACCACAACAAGUUUUUUAGGUGUAACUGGACAUUUCUUGCUAGAAAAUAAGUUAAAUUCUAUCACUAUAGGGGUCUACAAACUAGGAGAAAGGCAUACUUCAGAGUAUCUUGGACAAUGCCUUUCAAAUAUGUGUGCUGAUUGGAAAAUACCUCAUGAAAAAAUUACAGCUAUAGUGACGGAUAAUGGAGCAAAUGUUGUUAAAGCUAUAUCUGAUUUAUUUGGGAAAAAUAGACAUCUGCCAUGUUUUGCUCACACUUUAGAUUUGGUAGCUUCAAAAGUAAUAGAAGAAGAGGAUGUUAAAGUAAUUAUUAACAAAGUAAAAACCAUUGUUACCUAUUUUAAGCAAAGUGUUGUUGCAGCAGAUGAGCUUAGAAUAAUACAGCCUGCCAACAACACUUUACGACUAAUUCAAUCUGUGCCAACUCGAUGGAAUUCCACCUAUUUGAUGUUGGAAAGAUUUCUUAGUUUAUGCGAGUAUAUUGUUCAAAUUUUAUUAAAAAAUUCCAAAGCUCCAACAAUGUUAGGGGCAUCUGACGUUGAUACAAUAAAGGAAUUGUUACAUAUUUUAGGCCCUAUAAAAACAGUUUCUGAAGAAGUUAGUGGUGAACAAUACGUAACAGCCAGUAAAAUAAUUCCCAUUAUAAACUGCCUUUUUAAAAAAAUUGAUAGUCUAUCCCCUUUGUCUAAGGAAGUUAUUGCUUUAAAAAAAUCAACAAGGGAUGAACUUUUGAAAAGAUUUGGAGCCAUUGAACAAAAUUUAAUUUUAGCAGUUUCGACAAUCUUGGAUCCACGAUUUAAAAAACUGCAUUUUAACAGUCCAGUGGUAUGCUCUAAAACAAUUUCGUUUAUAAAUCAGUCCAUCAAAAAUUUAAGAGAGCAAAAUACACAAGAGAAAGAAAAUAUAUUACAAGAAGAUCAAACACCUUCAACAUCAAAAUCUUCGGACUUAUGGUCUUACCAUAAAGAGCUUGCUGCAAAACAUUGUCACGAAAAUACUAGUGACAGCAUGAACCAAGCUUUUAAAUUAUAUUUGGUCAAUAAAACAAUACCAAUAUCAGAUGACCCAAUUAAAUAUUGGAGUAAAGAGCCAUCUAGUAAUUUAAAGGAACUUGCAUUAAAAUAUUUAUCAAUUGUUGGAACCUCUGUGCCAUCGGAGAGGCUGUUCUCAAAAGCUGGAAACAUUAUUAGUCUAAACCGAAAUAGGCUAUCUAGUGAAAAAUUGCAGCAGCUUUUAUUUUUAUCUUCAGUUAAAUAUGAAGACUGGAAUUUGGAAUAGCUCUUAAGCCUUUUUUUGUCUAAAUUUUUAUUGUACAUGUUAUUUAUUAAAAUUAGAUAUAUAUGUUACAUAAUA